CGACAGGACUGAUCCGCAAUAACGCCAUCCCUUUCUCUCUCCACUCCACUCCACUCUUCCCCCCUACCCUCUCCUCUCUCUCUCUCCUGCGCUGUGACGCGCACACUUCGCCGGAGCGACCGCCGCCUCCGGCCACCGUCUCCGGCUAUCUGGUGGUCAUAUUAAAAAAUUGAGGUGGUAAAAGUUGCAACUAUUUAAUCAUGUCGAAUUCCAACUCAUCAGAGCGACGAGAGUACCGAGAACCAACUUCACCUUCACCAUCCACGUCAUCUUCUAGAUCAAGGGAUAGAAGUGAUCUUGCGGAAGUAGAUGAUCCUGAAAGUGCAAUGUCCACAGUUGCUCAAUUGUUGGAGCAACUCCAUACUAGCAUGACAUCUCUACCAGAGAAAGAAGUGACGACUAAAAGAUUGCUUGAACUGGCCAAAGAAAAAAAGGAAGCAAGGGUUUUGAUAGGUAGCCAUUCUCAGGCGAUUCCACUAUUUAUAUCUAUCCUUAGAAGUGGGACAUCUAUAGCAAAAGUAAAUGCUGCAGCACUACUUAGCGCACUCUGCAAGGAAGAGGACCUGCGUGUCAAGGUCCUGUUAGGAGGUUGCAUACCACCCUUGCUCUCUCUUUUGAAGUCUGAAUCUACUGAAGCAAAGAAGGCGGCUGCUGAAGCUAUUUUUGAAGUGUCUUCUGGUGGACUUUCAGAUGAUCAUAUAGGUAUGAAAAUAUUUGUGACAGAAGGUGUUGUGCCAACCCUCUGGGACAUGCUCAAACCUAAGUCACACCAAGAUAAAGUAGUUGAGGGUUUUGUCACUGGUGCCUUAAGGAAUCUCUGUGGAGACAAAGAUGGUUAUUGGAGGGCCAAUCUUGAAGCUGGUGGAGUAGAAAUUAUAACUGGUCUUAUUUCAUCUAAGAAUACUACUUCACAGUCAAAUGCUGCCUCCCUUUUAGCACGGUUGGUAUCUGCCUUUGGUGAUAGCAUCCCCAAAAUUAUUGAUGCCGGGGCUGUUAAGGCUCUUCUUCGCCUCCUAAAUCGAGACAAUGACAUUUCAGUUCGUGAAAGUGCGGCCGAUGCUUUGGAGGCUCUAUCUUCCAAGUCUAGUAUUGCAAAGAAGGCUGUGGUAGAUGCUGGUGGCAUUCCUGUUCUCAUUGGAGCAGUUGUAGCUCCUUCAAAAGAGUGCAUGCGUGGGGAUACUUGUCAUUCUCUACAAAGUCAUGCUGUUCAUGCUUUAUCAAAUAUCUGUGGUGGAACAGUAUCUCUGUUGCUUUAUCUUGGAGAGCUCUGCCAGGUGCCCAGUCCACCUGUUCCCCUCGCUGACAUUCUUGGUGCACUUGCAUAUACAUUGAUGGUAUUUAGUGGCACUGAUGGUAAAUCUUUUGAUCCGAUUGAGAUAGAAAAUAUUUUGAUUGUGCUCCUGAAGUCCUAUGAUAGUAAUCUUGUGCUUGAUCGUAUUCUUGAGGCUUUAGCCAGUCUAUAUGGAAAUGCAUGUCUGUCUGGUAGGCUUAAUCACUCGAAUGCAAAGAAGGUCCUUGUUGGGCUGAUCACUAUGGCUUCUGCUGAUGUGCAGAAAAAUCUUGUUCAUGCUUUAACGAGCUUGUGCUCUGAUGGUAUUGGAAUAUGGGAUGCUCUAGGAAAGAGAGAAGGAACUCAAUUGCUGAUAUCAUUUCUUGGGCUUUCUAGUGAGCAGCAUCAGGAGUAUGCUGUUUCAUUGUUGGCUAUAUUGAGUGAUGAAGUAGAUGACAGUAAAUGGGCAAUAACCGCUGCUGGAGGUAUUCCUCCACUUGUCCAGCUACUGGAGACAGGAUCUCAAAAAGCAAAAGAAGAUGCUGCUCAUAUCUUGUGGAACUUGUGUUGUCACAGUGAUGAUAUCAGUGCAUGUGUCGAGAGUGCUGGGGCAGUUCUUGCAUUGCUUUGGCUUCUAAAGAGUGGUAGCCCUCAUGGACAAGAGGCAUCAGCUAAAGCACUCAAGAAGAUUAUACGGUCUGCUGAUUCCUCCACAAUUAAUCAGUUACGAGCACUGCUGCUUAGUGACUCUCUUAGUACAAAGGCCCAUGCCAUUACAGUUCUUGGGCAUGUACUUGUGAUGGCUUCCCAGAGAGAUCUAGUGCAGAAUGGAGCUCCAGCCAAUAAAGGGCUCAGAUCUCUUAUUGAUAUUCUUGAGUCAUCAAAUGAGGAAACUCAGGAACAAGCUGCAACUGUGGUGGCUGAUAUUUUCAGUACCCGUCAGGAUAUUUGUGAUAUCUUAGGAACUGAUGAAAUUAUUCAGCCAUGCAUGAAGCUUUUGACAAGUGGGAACCAAGUUAUUGCAACACAAUCUGCUCGAGCUUUAGGAGCACUCUCCCACUCGGCUAAUGCCAUGUUGAAGAACAAGAUGUCAUGCAUAGCUGAAGGCUAUGUGCAAACUCUUAUAGAGAUGUCAAAGUCACCAUCCAUUGAUGCUGCUGAAACAACAAUUGCUGCAUUGGCAAAUUUCCUAUCAGAUGCACAUAUUGCCAAGGAAGCACUAGACGGCAACAUCGUCCUGGCUUUGACUAGAGUACUUAAGGAAGGGAGCUUGGAAGGAAAGAUUAGUGCUUCACGGUCGCUCUGUCAGUUGCUCAACCAGUUCCCCCUCAAUGAAGUUAUUCCAGAUUACUCGCAGUGCUAUUUUAUAAUUCAUGCACUGCUGGUGUGUCUAUCUGGCAUCAAUUUAGAAAAUGCUACUAAUUUGGAUCCCUUGAAUGUACUUGCAUGGAUGGCUAGGACCAAGGAGGGCGCGCACUUUAGUUCUCCCUUGUGGUCUGCCUUUCUUGAUGUUCCAGAAAGCUUAGAGCCUUUAGUGCGCUGUAUCAGUGUUGGGCUUCCACCGAUUCAAGAUAAGGCCAUUCAAAUUCUUGCAAGUUUAUGUCAGGACCAACCUUCUCUACUUGGUGAGCAUUUGAACAGAAGUCAAGGAUGCAUUGCUUCCCUUGCUAGUAGAGUUAUUGAAUCAACAAACAUGGAAAUAAGAAUUGGCAGUGCCAUCACCCUCAUAUCUGCAAUGAGACACAGCAGGGAACACUCAAUUGAUGUUAUUGAAGCAUCAGGGCAUCUGAAGAAUCUAAUAUCUGCAUCCAUUGAUAUGAUGAAGCAAGAUUCUGCCCCAACAUCCCUAGAUAUUGAAGUUUGGAAACCAUACCCCGAAAACAGUUUGUAUAACUAUGAUAAGGAUGUUCUGGGUGUGUCUGGAUCAGGAAAGGUCUUGGAAGAAACAGUUGCGCUUUGGUUGCUCUCACUUAUUUGUUCUUCUCAUUUGAGUAGUAAACUUACUGUUAUGGACCUCGGUGGUGUUGAGACUAUAUCUGAUAAACUUGCUAGCUACACCACUAAUCAACAGGACCAAUAUGAAGACUCAGAGAGUGUAUGGACUUGCGCCCUUCUUUUGGCUACUUUAUUUCAGGAUUCAAUGCUUGUUCAAUCUCCAGCAAUAAUGCGAACAAUACCUUCUUUAGCUUCGUUGCUAAAAUCAGACAAGAUCAUUGACAAAUACUUUGCUGCUCAGUCACUGGCUAGCCUUGUUUCCACUGGAAGCAGAAGUAUACAGCUUGCUAUUGCAAAUUCUGGUGCAGUUAUGGGUACUAUAGCUAUGAUUGGACAGAUCGAAUCUACUAUGCCAAACCUUGUUGCUAUGGCUGAAGAAUUCAAGUUGGCAGAUAACCCAAGUAAAAUAAUAUUGAGAAGCCUUUUUGAGCUUGAAGAUGUCCGUACGAGUGCUACUGCUCGAAGGUCCAUUCCGUUGCUUGUGGAUCUACUUAAACCAAUGCCAGACAGACAAGGCGCACCUCUGGUUGCUUUGCACCUUCUGACUCAACUAGCGGAAGGCAGUGAGACAAAUAAAGUAGCUAUGGCAGAGGCUGGAGUCUUGGAUGCUUUAACAAAGUAUCUAUCUUUAAGUCCUCAAGACUCAACUGAAACUACUAUAAUCAAUCUACUGCGGAUCCUAUACACAAACCCUGAUCUUCUUUACCAUGAAUCCUCAAUUAGCACUUCAAAUCAAUUGGUAGCUGUCUUACGUCUGGGCUCAAGAAAUUCUAGGCUUAAUGCAGCAAGGACGUUACAGAACCUCUUUGAUUCAGAGAAUAUAAGAGACACUGAAGUGGCUUGGCAAGCUAUUCCGCCAUUACUUGAUAUGCUUGAGUCAGGAACUGAAACAGAACAGCAGGCAGCACUUGGUGCUCUAAUCAAACUUUCUUCUGGGAAUAUCUCAAAGGCUUCAGCUUUGUUUGAUGUAGAAGGCACUACACUUGAAAGCCUCUACAAAAUUUUAUCCUUCAGUUCGUCAUUGGAGCUUAAGAAUGAUGCCGCUCAGCUCUGCUAUAUUCUUUUUGAGAAUUCUACUAUAAGGGCAUCACCCAUUGCCUCUGAAUGCCUUCAACCCCUGAUAUCAUUAAUGACGUCAGGCUCUACUUUUGUUGUUGAACCUGCAGUUCGUGCUCUAAAUAGGCUACUGGAUGAGGAGUACAAUGCAGAGAUUGCUGCCACUAGUGAAGUUGUUGAUCUUCUUGUUAGUUUUGUUCCUGGGACUAAUCACCAACUGUCUGAGGCAUGUAUUGGUGCUCUCAUAAAAUUGGGUAAGGACCGUCCCAACUGCAAGCUUGAGAUGGUUAAAGCUGGCAUUAUUGAACAUGUGCUUGAUAUGAUUCUUGAUGUUCCUGUUUCUGUUAGUUCAUCGAUUGCUGAGUUGCUUCGCAUUUUGACAAACAACAGUGGCAUUGCUAAAAGUUCUGCUGCAGCAAAAAUGGUAGAGCCACUUUUCUUGCUUUUACGUCGCCCAGAUGUCACUAUGUGGGACCAGCAUAGCGCAUUGCAAGCUCUUGUAAAUAUUCUAGAAAAGCCUCAAAGUCUCGCGGCAUUGAAGUUAAGUCCCAGUCAAAUAAUUGAACCGUUAAUAUCAUUCCUUGAGUCUCCCUCUCAAGCAAUCCAGCAACUUGGCACUGAAUUACUGACACAUCUUCUAGAGCAGGAGCAUUUCCAACAGGAUAUCACUACAAAAAAUGCAGUUGUCCCUCUGGUGCAGCUUGCUGGUAUUGGAAUCUUGAGUUUACAACAGACUGCAGUUAAAGCGCUUGAGAGCAUAUCUCAGAGUUGGCCUAAGGCUGUAGCAGAUGCAGGUGGAAUUCUUGAACUUUCAAAGGUAAUUGUCCAAGAUGAUCCUCAGCCAAGUCAAGCAUUAUGGGACUCUGCAGCACUUGUAUUAUGUAAUGUUUUGCGCUAUAGCUCUGAUAACUAUGUCCAAGUGUCAAUAGCUGUACUUGUAAGACUGCUGAAUUCCACCAUCGAGAGUACUGUUACAAUAGCUCUGAAUGCUCUUCUUGUGCAAGAGAAAAGUAAGUCACGCUGUGCUUUAGCCAUGGCUGAGGCUGGGGCUGUGCGUGCUCUGUUAAAGCUCCUUAAGAGCCAUCGUUGUGAGGAAUCCGCUGCAAGAUUGCUUGAAGCUCUGAUAAACAAUGCAAGGGUCCGGGAGACAAAAGUUGCCAAAUAUUCUAUUGGUCCUCUCUCACAGUACCUUUUAGAUCCCCAGUCUAAGAAUCAGUCAGCCAAGUUCUUGGUUACUCUUGCACUGGGUGACAUUUUCCAGCAUGAAGCACUCGCAAGAGCAAGUGACUCUGUAUCUGCUUGCCGUGCUCUUGUAAGCGUACUUGAGGACCAGCCUACGGAUGAUAUGACAAUGGUUGCUAUUUGUGCACUACAAAGCUUAGUUCUGCACAGCAGGACAAAUAGGCGUGCUGUUGCGGAGGCUGGAGGCAUUUUGGUUGUACAGGAAUUGCUUCUGUCUCCAAAUGUAGAUAUUGCAGGACAGGCUGCUCUUCUAAUCAAGUAUCUAUUUUUAAACCAUACACUUCAAGAAUAUGUUUCGAAUGAGCUCAUUCGAUCUCUCACUGCUGCCUUGGAAAGAGAGCUACUCUCUACAUCAACCAUCAAUGAAGUUAUUUUGAGGACUAUACAUGUGAUAUUCAACAACUUUAAAAAAGUCCGGUUUUCUGAGGCAGCAACCUUGUGCAUACCCCAUUUGGUUUGUGCCCUGAAGGAUGGAAAUGAGGCUGCCCAAGAAAGUGUGCUCGACACCCUUUGCUUGCUGAAAGAAUCUUGGCCACAAAUGAAUGAGGACAUUGCAAAAGCCCAAUCCCUGAUUUCUGCUGAGGCGAUACCUGUACUACAAAUGCUUAUGAAGACAUGUCCUCCCAGUUUUCACGAGAGAGCUGAUAGCUUGCUGCAAUGCUUACCUGGUUGCCUGACAGUGACCAUCUUACGUGGGAAUAACUUAAAGCAGACAAUGGGGAGUACAAAUGCAUUUUGCUGCCUGCAAAUAGGAAAUGGGCCCCCAAGGCAAACUAAGGUGGUUAACAAUAGCAUCUGCCCAGUAUGGAAUGAGGGUUUCACUUGGUUAUUUGAUAUCCCACCAAAGGGGCAGAAGCUAUACAUCUUGUGCAAAAGCAAAAACACGUUUGGAAAGUCGACACUCGGUCGAGUCACCAUCCAGAUCGACAACGUUGUCACCGAGGGUGUAUACAGUGGUUUCUUCAGCCUUAAACAUGAUGGUGGCAAGGAUGGCUCGAGAACCCUAGAGAUAGAGAUUGUAUGGUCUAAUAGGCCAUCCAAUGACAAUAUGUAGCAGUGCUGAUUUGCCUAUCGCCAAUGUUAUAGUUUUGGCCUUCAUGUAAAUCAGCCCCAUAAAACAUCCAAAUUCAUUCUAUGUAGAAAGUUUAGCCAAUUCACAAACGUAUUUAACAUUCGAUUAUUUCAAGGUCCUUUCUGGAUUGUGUAGCCUUGUAGCUCCAGCAGAUUUUGGACCGGCUAUUUUUGUACAGGCGAACUUAUUUCCUGUAAUUAUAACUUGGAGUAGCUUAGUGAAGAUGCCAUUUGGAUGAUCGAAGCCACUCA